AUGGAGGGGGAGCUGGCGGGGGAGGUGGGCGUGUGUUAUGUGAGUGAGGAAGAGGCGCUGGCGGUGAGCGAGAUCAGGAAGGGCGCGGAGGAGCUGAAGUCAGCGCAAUGGACAUACGGCCAGACCCCGCAGCUCACGUUCUCUGUGCCGGCACCAGAGGGGGCCUCAGAGGUGCCCGAAGGCGCCCCGCAGCCGCCGGAGGGCGUGUGGUUCAGCAUCACGGCGAACAAAGGUGUGGUGGAGAAGGUGGAGUCGGACUUGGAGUGCAUGCAGGGCUUGGUGGGGCUUCGAUUUGACGGCGGGGUGAUUAAUGACUACAUCAGCACGUUCGGGGAUGCGCCGGAGGGCCUGGGCGAGUGGGUUGAGGGCGUGUUGGGGAGGACGGAGUGGGGGAAGGGUGCGGAGUAG